AUCUCCAAGUUCCGGAUAAAGAAUCUCCAACGGAAACUGCAAAGAUUUAAAAAAAAAAAUCUUAAAAAAAUCAAUUUCUGAAAUCUUUCUUUAAAUAAGUCAUUUUCCGCCUGAUCUCUCCAAUCUCCUUCUUUAACUCAUCGCUUCUACGGUUCUUGCCUGAAGAGCAAGACUUUGAAUGAACAGAACAGUAUCAUCUCAAGAACCCGACCAAGAAGACAGGCGGAGAUUUGUAACUGAGAGAUUGCAAUUUCAGAUAAACUAGCGAUGUAAUACCCGAAAGAAGAAGAUGCGUAUACGAAAAAGUUCCCUCGAGAAGAUCUGCGGCAGCCUCGAUGGCUCUCUCCCUCCUCGUUUAAAGGGCGAGUAGCUCUACCGUACUUGAAGUUAACACGCUGGUCUAAGGCCUGAUUGGGUUGAAAUUUCCAGUGUGAUCUGACCUAAAAUUUUGCUGAAGGGAAACGACGAAGCUUUAUGACGCAAGAUUCACCAUUUGAAAGCCUUAAGAAGAUCCAAAAUCCAAAAGCCCUCCACCAAUAUCUCGAGACGAACAAACAUUUUCAAGUACCAGAUCAAAAGCAUCAUUUCUCAGACAUGAUCAGCCGGCCAUGUCAAUGUUCAGGACAACCCAUGAUCGGAAGGGGACAGGUCCCGAGGUCCUGGGCAAUCGUGAUGAUGAACUGUCGGAAUCUCGGCCGAAUUCCAGCUUCUUUCUUUAGGCGGUCCGAGAUGGGUUUGCAGAUGGUUCUCAGAGCUAGGGUUCCUAGUUCACCAACUGCAGAGCCGUCCCCCCUGCUCGAAGUCUUUGAUUCCAUCGUGACGAAGAAGAAAAAGAAAAAAAACUGGUCUUUUCAGAAAUAUGCCAAAGAAAAAAACCGGGGUUUACACCUACGACUGUAAGAUAAAGCUAGUUUUUUUUUUUUCUCACGGAAAAGGGACAGGGUUUUAGGACCGAACAUUGGCGGAACUUGCCCGGCAUGGAAGUUCCUCUGGAACAAUCAAUUGUUGAAAUUAGGAGAAUUCUAUAAAAAUUGGAACUUUUCGAUUCCUGGGUUGGGUGGGUUCGGGUUCAUGUCGGAUCCGGGAGGUGACAUGGACAAUGGUAUAAAAAGUGAGGGUUUCUCCGCCAAAAUUGGGAGGGAAGGAGAGAGACAGUGGCGUCCACAGCCACAGGAAUGGCGAAAUCCAAGGGAAGUUUGUGCGUCACUCCCUGCAGAAACCGAUGACGCGCCAUGAGAGAGAGAGAAAAAUCAUUCGUCACGGCCAUGCUACAAGCGAGAAGAAGACGACGUGAAGAAGAACAAACAAGCUAAGACGUCAACCCAUUUCCCGCACUCGUCGGUUCGGUAUUCUUCGGAUGCUUAAAUCCCUCAUCUUGCCCGAAUGUUCUCUUAAGAUUCGUGUUCUGAGGCUCAUCUAGCUUCGUCGAUCCGGAUUGUUGAUGUUUUGCGUGUUUGAGGGUACUGCUUGUGUUCAUAUCUUUGUGGAGAUUGAUUCUCUUUUUCAUAUCCUUACAUCAAGUAGCAAAAUGUGAUUUGAGGGCUCUCCGUUUAGAUGGAUUAUUGUAUUUCUAUAGUUACAAUGCCAAAACGGUCAGAGAUCUCAGUGAUAUUUGAGUAAGGGCUGGUUGAAGGUUAGCCUUUUGGAAGGUCUUAGUAACGCUCUUUACUAUGCAAGAGCUGAAAGCUCAAUUAUUCCAGAAAAAAUUGUGCGCGUUAGGAUUCUAUAAUGUGGGGAAUCGAGAUUUUCAUUGGUCAGAUGCACAAGGAAUUGCAUGUUUAUGUUGGGAUCUUGAAAAAGUUUGUGGUACUUACUUAAUAUUAGAAAUUCUCAGUGAAUGGCUGCAAAUAUAGCUGUGGAUUCCCAUGUUUGGGUUGAAGAUACAGAAAUAGCAUGGACUGAUGGGGUUGUACUAAAUAUCAAGGGGGAUGAAGCAGAGGUUAAAACCGGUGAUGGCAAAGAGGUUGUUGCUAAUUUAUCAAGACUUUAUCCAAAGGACGUCGAAGCUCCUGCAGAGGGAGUAGAGGACAUGACAAAACUGUCUUAUUUGCAUGAGCCUGCAGUUCUCCACAACUUGGCCACCAGAUAUGAGAUAGAUGAGAUUUAUACCUAUACAGGAAACAUUCUUAUCGCCAUCAAUCCCUUUCAAGGACUCCCACAUCUCUAUGGUGUUGACAUUAUGGAGAAGUAUAGAGAGGCCUCAUUCAAAGACACGAGCCCUCAUGUUUUUGCGAUUGGUGGUGUUGCAUUUCGGGAAAUGGUUAAUGAGGGCAGGAAUAAGUCCAUAUUGGUCAGCGGUGAAAGUGGGUCUGGAAAGACGGAGACCACUAAAAUGCUCAUGCGCUACCUUGCAUACUUGGGAGGACAUGCUGCAGCUGAAGGGCGAACAGUUGAAAAGCAAGUUCUGGAAUCAAAUCCAGUUCUCGAGGCUUUUGGAAAUGCAAAGACUGUUAAGAACAACAAUUCCAGUCGUUUUGGGAAAUUCGUGGAGAUUCAAUUUGAUGACUUGGGCCAAAUAUCAGGGGCCGCCAUCAGAACUUACCUUCUAGAAAGGUCUCGUGUUUGCCAAAUUUCAGAUCCUGAACGUAACUACCACUGCUUUUAUCUUCUUUGUGCAGCCCCACCACAGGAUAUUGAGCGGUACAAGUUGGGAGAUCCUAAGUCGUUUCGCUAUCUUAAUCAGUCUAGCUGCUAUGAACUUGAUGGUGUAAAUGAUGCACAAGAGUAUCUUGCUACCAGAAGGGCUAUGAAUGUGGUUGGAAUAAGUGAGAAUGAACAGGAUGCAAUUUUCAGAGUUGUGGCUGCCAUUCUCCAUCUUGGUAACAUUGAAUUUUCCAAGGGAGAAGAAGCUGACUCGUCGUUUCUUAAAGACGAACAAUCUGCCUUUCAUCUCCAAAUGACAUCAGAACUGCUCAUGUGUGAUCCCCUUGCCAUAGAAGAUGCUCUGUGUAAGCGAAUGAUGGUCACCCCAGAGGAAGUUAUCAAGAGAAGUCUUGAUCCUCAUGGUGCUGCCAUUAGCAGGGAUGGUUUAGCAAAGACAAUAUACUCGCGACUAUUUGAUUGGUUGGUAGACAAAAUCAAUGUCUCUAUUGGACAAGAUCCUCACUCAAGGCGUUUGAUUGGAGUCCUUGACAUCUAUGGUUUCGAGAGCUUUAAAACUAAUAGUUUUGAGCAAUUCUGUAUCAACUACACCAACGAAAAGCUGCAACAACAUUUCAACCAGCAUGUAUUCAAAAUGGAGCAAGAUGACUACCAGAAAGAGGAAAUAGAUUGGAGCUAUGUGGAGUUUGUCGAUAAUCAAGAUGUUGUGGAUCUCAUUGAGAAGAAACCAGGUGGUAUUAUUGCUCUUCUUGAUGAAGCAUGUAUGCUACCAAAGUCAACUCCUGAAACAUUUUCUGAGAAGCUCUAUCAGACGUUCAAAGAUCAUAAACGCUUCGUCAAACCAAAAUUAACUCGAUCUGACUUUACGAUAGCUCAUUAUGCAGGAGAUGUUCAAUAUCAGUCAGAUCAAUUUUUGGACAAAAACAAAGACUAUGUUGUCCCUGAACAUCAGGAUUUGUUAAGUGCUUCCAAAUGCUCUUUUGUGUCAGGCCUCUUCCCUCCUCUGUCUAGAGAGGGCAGCAAAUCUUCUAAGUUCUCAUCGAUUGGUGCUCGUUUCAAGCUACAAUUAAUGCAGCUGAUGGAGAUACUAAACUCUACAGAACCCCACUAUAUCAGAUGUGUUAAGCCAAACAAUGUUUUGCAACCAGCUGUAUUUGAAAAUGCUAAUGUCUUGCAUCAGUUACGUUCUGGGGGUGUUCUGGAGGCCAUCAGAGUGAAAUGUGCUGGAUACCCUACUAAUAGGACUUUUAUUGAGUUCUUAAACCGGUUUACGAUUCUCGCGCCGGAAAUUUUGAAAGGAGAGUACGAAGAAAAUGUUGCAUGCAAGUGGAUUCUGGAGAAGGUGGGCCUUACAGGUUACCAGGUAGGACAAACCAAAGUUUUCCUGAGAGCUGGCCAGAUGGCUGAGCUAGAUGUGCACAGGACAAGAGUGUUAGGUGAAUCUGCAAGGAUUAUUCAGCGACAAGUUAAAACUCAUCUGACAAGAAAAGAUUUCAUUCUUAUGCGAAGGGCUUCAGUACGUAUACAGACUAGCUGGAGAGGAAAACUUGCCCGCAAGAUAUACAGGGACAUGAAAAGGGAGGCAGCUGCCAUGAAAAUUCAGAAAAACCUACGUAGACAGCUUGCUACGAGGGCUUACACUAACACCAAAUCCUCUGCAAUAACUUUGCAGACGGGUUUCCGUACACUGGCUGCACGUCAUGAAUUCAGAUAUAAAUUGAAAACUAGAGCAGUAACUGUUAUUCAGGCAUAUUGGCGUUGUCACAUAGCUGUUUCAGAAUUCAAAAAAUUGAAAAGGGCUUCCCUUGUUUAUCAAAGUAGACUCAGGGGAAGAAUUGCGAAAAGACGAUUAGAGCAGCCAAAAAUGACAGACAGAGAAGAAGAAGAAGAAGAAGAAGAUAAAGGGCAUGAAGAAAAGUCGGAGCUUUCUAACAAUGCUGAAGACUCUGUUGAUAAGGCGGUGGUUGUACUACAUUCAGAUCAAAGUGAGAUUGCAGAGAAGGCUACUGAAGCUUCUCCUACUGUUAGUGAAAUAAUGAUUCCUGUUCGUGACACAGAAAUAGAGUCCCUCACUGUGGAAGUCGAAAUGCUGAGGGCCUUGUUGCAAGUUGAGAAACAGAGAGCAGACAUUUCUGAAAGGAAAUAUGUUGAAGUCCAAGAACUCAGUGAGGGAAGGCGGAAAAAGUUAGAAGAAACAGAAAGAAGAGUUUAUCACCUUCAAGACUCUUUGAAUAGGCUGUUAUACUCUAUGUCAGACCAAUUCUCGCAGCUGAAGUCAAUCUUGCGCUCUCCUUCUAUGUCGAAUUCAACAUUCACUUCAUCACCGGUUGUGCGGGAUGAUCUUGCUGACAGCUCGGAGAACUCUGAAGCUUCGUCCAGUGAUUCUGAUUUCACUUUCCCCGCUCCAUCUCCUACCUCAGACAGCUUCUCGGCCUUCAAUCCCAAUCAGUUGCAAGUCAUAGUUCAAGAUCUGUCAACCUCAGAAACCAAAGUUUGAACAAUAAUAUGAUGCAGGCUCAGAGAGCUAUGAAAGUGAUAGGGAAGGGGGCUUUGAAGAUUACUUCUGAUUGAUGGAAUUGGAAGCUGCUGAUAUAUAUAUAUAUAUAUAUAUAUAUAUAUAUCCACUUGGCUUAUAACCGCUCCUCAUAUUUGGUUCAUGUUCCAUUGUUGUCACAGAGUAAUUGGUAGUUUUUUUGUCACAGAGAGUGGUUUUUAGAUUAACUGUUAGGAGUAGAUCAAACUGCAACACUCUUGUCCGAACGUGUUCAGUUUCUAUGUCCUCCAUUUCAACAUAAUUGGAAGCAUUUCUUUUGAUGAGAAUCUUAUUGUCAAAUAUAUAUUUCAUUGAAUA